CACAAAAGCACAUUGUCAACAUCGAAAUUAUCAAAAAUGAAGACAAAAGGAAAGAAGUAUGAAGAUAUGAGUAUCGAAAGCUUUUUCGAAGAAAUUGCUGAUAAAACAGUAGUUGAGGAAAAUGAAGAGCCGCAAAUCGCUAAAAAGUCCAAGAAGAAGGAUAAAGUCAAGCAGAUAGAAGUAAAUGGAAAGGCUUCAAAAGUAUCAUUAAAGGAUAAAGUCAAGAAGAAGGAUCUAAAUGGAAAGGCACCAAAAGUAUCAUUAAAGAAUUUAGACAAAACAGAUCCAGAACUAUAUGAAUUCUUAGAGAAAAAUGAUAAAAAGUUGCUUAAUUUUACAAUGAAUCUGAAUGAUGAUCCAAGCGACAAAUCAGAUAAUGAAGAGGAACUCGAAGAGAGCACCACUGAUGUUCAUGUUCCAAUGGAAUUAGAAGUAGCUAGUGACGAAAGUGACUAUGAAGCAGAAGAUGAUGAUAAAGUCAAAGCAAAGAAUGUAAUAACAUUAAAAAUGCUUAGAGAAUGGGAACAGAAUCUCCAAUCUGAAGAGGUGGCACCUGAAAUUAUUAGAAAUGUCACUAAAGCAUUUAAUUCUGCCUUAAUCUCAGUUUCUGAAGAUUCAAAUGUUAAAGUUACCCAAUAUAAAGUAGAAGGUGCUGCUAUAUUCAACGGAAUCGUUCAAUUGUGCGUGCUAAACAUGGAAAAGGCUAUUAAGAAGUGCCUCAAGCUUUCAUUAAAAGCAAGUUUCAAAGAAAUUCAGAAAAGUAAGCGAUUCAGUAAAUUGAAAAAUUCAUUACGAUCUUAUCUGACUGAUCUUACCAAGCUAUUGGAAACGGUCGCAAGCAACAACAUAUUGUUAGUCAUCCUCAAGCAUUUACAUCAAAUUGCAUCGAUGUUUACCGCCUUUAAGAGCAUAACGAAACCAGUUCUUAAGCGAUUAAUUCAUUUGUGGUCAACGAACGAAGAAUCCGUGAGAAUUAUUGCCUUUUUAUGCAUAUUGAAAAUAACGAGGACUCAACCAGAAAAUUUAAAUCAAGUCUUACGAACGAUGUAUAUGGAGUAUGUAAAAAAUAGCAAGUUCGUGAGUCCAAAUACACUACCAUCCAUAAAUUUUAUGCGACGUUCUUUAACAGAACUGUUCUUGCUCGACUUGAAUGUCGCGUACCAACAUGCUUUUCUUUUCAUACGUCAAUUGGCCAUACAUUUGCGUAAUGCUACAAUAUUACAGAAGAAAGAGCACUAUCAACAAGUUUAUAAUUGGCAAUAUAUCAACAGUUUAAAGCUAUGGGCCGAUGUUUUAUCAUAUGUUCCAAAUACGUCAUCAAAAUCAGACGCCAAACCAAAAAUGCAGGCAUUGAUUUAUCCUUUAGUGAGCAUUAUUAAUGGAGUCAUUAAAUUAAAAUCGAGUGCUCAAUAUUUCCCAUUACGAUUCCACUGCAUUAACAUUUUAAUUAAUAUAACGAAAGCAACAAAUAUUUUCGUGCCUGUUCUGCCAUACAUAAUUGAAGUUUUAAAUUCAACAACGUUCAAUCAACAGCACAAAAAAUUGGCAAUGAAACCACUCUCAUUCUUGUGUAUUUUGCGUAUACAAAAAGGACAUUUAGAUGAAAAUGCGUUUAGAGACGAGACAAUUCAGCAAGUUUAUGGAACAACAUUAGAAUAUUUAAAUUAUCAAUGUUCUAGUAUUGCAUUUCCUGAUUUAAUUCUUCCAUUUAUAAUGUCACUCAAUCAGUUUGUUAAGAAAACAAAAAGUCUAAAGUAUGCAAAAGAAUUGAAAGUGCUAGCUGACAAGAUUACUGAGCAUUCAAAUUAUAUUGAAAGUGAGCGACAAAAAAUUACAUUUUCACUUAAUGACGAUAAUUAUAUCAAGAGCUGGGAAAUUAAUCAUAAAACUGGUCAGACGCCUAUUGAAGUGCUAUACAGUCAAUGGCAAAAGACUAAUAAAAAGAAGCAAAAGGUCGCUAAGGUUGAAAAUAUUGAAGAAGCAUCAGAUGAGGAAAUUGAGGAUUAUGAAAAAGUUGCAAAAGUUAACAAGAAAGCAGCUACAAAGAAAUCUAAAGAUAAAGAUGAGAAAGUUGAAUUAUUUCCAUCUGAUGACGAUGAUAGUGACAUGGAUAAUUUUGAUGAUGAUGAUGACAGUCAGGAUUAUUCGGAUGGCGAAGAUUUGGGAGGCAGUAGCGAUGAUGAGGAGCUUUCAGACGCAGAAACAAAUAAUAAGAAGAAAAAUGGAAAUGUCAAGCAACAAAAGCAAAAACAAAUGGAUUCAGAUGAAAAUGACCAAAGUUCAGUGGAUGAUGACGAGUCUAUAGCUGAUCAACAGGAUAUUGUUAAUGACAUGUCUUUGGAUGAUUGGUAGAGGUUGUUUGGUUCCUUCUGACUGGUAUCAACAUCAUUACAAUAUAGAAAAAUUGUAUAGACCCACUAAAAUCUUUCAACAACCCACGAACAGACUUCAAAUUUUAACAACUUGGAUUCAAAAUGUAAAUUGCAGUUAAUGUAAUCAGCAAUAAAGUUUUUUUUGGUAAACACAGCCAUGUGCUCUCGUCCUCUAUUCUUUCCACCUUGAUUCUGUACUUGCGCAAUGACUUUAUGCGUUUC